AUGGGAUGCAUCAUGUUGAACGAGGGCGAUCAAGUCUCCAAGGUUGACGACGAGACGGCAUCGGUUGUCGUCGUCACCCCUGAGGAGAUUUCGGCGGCGGCGGCGGACAAGGAGAAGAACGUGGCCGUGGACAAGUCUGAAAGCAGCGACGAGGCCGACGAGGAAAAGAAGGAGAAGAAGAAGAAGAAGCAGGUCGUGGGCAUCGUUCCCGAGAGCAAGGACCUGUACGCCAAGUUUGACAAGCACGGCAACCGGUCAUGGACGGAGAAGAAGCCCGAUGACUUUGAGGAGGCGGCCGAGAACGAGGAGACGGAGAAGUACGCCGUCAUUGUUCGCAAGCACAAGCUCAGGGACGCCGACUCGGCCCAGUCGCUCGCCAUCGACAGCCUCAUCAUCCAGUCGCCGUACCUGAAGCGCCUCCUGGCCGACGUGCUCGAUGGCUACCCGGGCAUCCUGACGAACCUGGCACGCCUCAAGCUGUCGGCGCCCUUUGAGUGCUUCGUCCACCGCUGGGACAGAUUCGAGGCCGCGCGCAACGACACGUCGCUCGAGGCGCCGGCCAAGGCGCACGUCGAGUUGCUGCAUGCCAUCAUGCGCCAGGAGCUGGGCCACGUCAUCCAGCUGCGCGACGACUACCUCAAGAACAGGGCCGUGACCUUUGAGCACGCCUGGACCCUCUUCCCUCCCGGCUGCCUCGUCGUCGGCCACAAGCAGGGUAAGCCCGUCGCCGCCCGCUUCAGCCGCGGCCACUACGCGAGCACGAACUGCGGCGAGGUCUACGUGCUCGAGUGCCGCAUCAUCGACUGGGACGGCAGCAUCAUGGGCUGGUCGGACCUGACCCUGCAGAUUCGCAGCUUUGCCGGCACCAUGCCCUUUGCCUCGCUGCCCUGCUACCCGCUCGACCAUCACCACGACGCUGCGGGCUUCAGGGCCGCCCUGACGGACCGUGGCCGGCGCUUCGAGAGCCUCGCUGGCUUCUUCUACCGCGGCUACAGCAGCGUGGCCCUGUAUUACCAGGAGGAGGGGGCGCCGCGGCGCGAGACGGUGCAGUCGCGCAUCGUCAUCGACGGCGCCAACUGGGAGAAGGAAAACCACGCCCGCCAGCUCUGGCUGACGCCCUUGCAUAAAGAAGACGUCGCCAGAGACCGCAGACGACGGAGGCUCCGCCGAUGCGGGAGCUUCUCGAGCUUCAGCUCCGACGACGCCAGCGUCGACGGCGACGACAGCGGCGACGAGAAGGGCCGAGGCAAGAGGCUGCCCCUGACGGAGGAGCAGCUCCUCUUGACGAGCCCCAUUGUGCGCGGGUAUGCGCUGCAAAACAAGCGGUGGAUGGAGUUCUACGUCGACGACGUGGCGGCGGUGCAGUUUGACGAGGACGCCUUCAGCUCGCUGGUGAUGCCGGCGGACAAGAAGGAUCUGAUCCUCGCGUUUGCGCAGAGCCAGGCGCGCUACAAGGACGCCUUCGACGACGUCAUCUCGGGCAAGGGCAAGGGCAUCAUAGUGCUGCUCUCGGGCGGGCCGGGCAUCGGCAAGACGCUGACGGCCGAGUCGGUGGCCGAGGAGAUGCGCGUGCCGCUCUUCGCCAUGAGCGCCGGCGACCUGGGCAGCUCGGCGUACGAGGUGGAGCAGAGCCUGGGCAAGAUCCUGGCCCUCGUGGCCAGCUGGAACGCGGUGCUGCUGCUCGACGAGUGCGACGUCUUCCUCGAGGAGCGUUCGGUCCACGACAUGGAGCGCAACCGCAUCGUGGCCAUCUUCCUGCGCACCCUCGAGUACUACCAGGGAAUCCUGUUCCUGACGACCAACCGCGUGCGCAACAUGGACCCGGCCUUCCAGAGCCGCAUCCACGUCUCGCUGCAGUACCCGCCGCUCGACGCCGCCGCCCGCGCCGCCGUCUGGCGAUCCUUUCUCGGCCGCACCGUCGGGCUCGGCGACACGGGCCUACGCGGGCACGACGCCCACGACGUGUCCGACGCCGAGGUCGACGCCCUCAGCGCCCUCGACCUCAACGGCCGCGUCAUCAAGAACAUCCUCAAGGCGGCCAAUCUGCUGGCCUGCCACCGCGGCGAGAAGCUGGCCAUGGGCCAUCUGCAGACGGUCCUGCGCGUCGAGGGCCACUCCCUGUGA